AUGGCUGAAUUGCAGGUGGCUCCUUACAUGUGGAUCCUAGUCCUCUUCUUUCUCAGCCUGCUUCAACCCACCGAACCGGUCCGAAAUGCCUUGGAUGGACCCACCCUGGAGCCUGGGCAGCCGGUGCAGCCAACGGUGCAGCCAACGGUGCAGCCAACGCAGCCGCCAAACCAAACAGAGGAAUGGCGCCCGAGCACAGUGACUGAAGUGGGCAAGUGUUCCAUCAAGCUGGGCGACCACUUCGAUGCCGCAUCCAGCAUACUCUUGCCCUUAGACCUGGCCUGGCUUUCGGGCUCUGCGUUGAUCGCCUUGGCCCUGAUCCUUUGGACACCUGAUGGGCUCUCCACUAGAGCAGUGGGUGCCCACGGAGAGGCGCCGAUGGAGGAAGGCGCAGAUGAAGGCGAAGGUGGAGAGGAUUCAAGGUCACCGGACUCCAAAGAUGCACCUGAAAGCACCUCAGGUGCGGAAACAGUUCAACGCCCGAAGCUCGAAGCCAUCGGUUGGCAUCGGGUGGCCUUUGACUCGAUCACCAGCCAUGCUGCGGGCAUCGUCGGCUUCAUUGGCUUUCAAAAGAUUGUCGUGGCCAGGAUUGUGGCGCUCAGCGAUGCAUGCGAUCUGUGGUCCAUAGAGAACAUUUUGCUCUACACUACCCUGGCACUGUCCGUGGUGGCAGUUUUUGCCAGCUUCGUGUUCCUGGGCGUGGACUAUGCGCGGCGCUUGGCGAUCUAUGCGGCGCAGCGGAAGGGCUAUCAGCUCACGAUGAAGCCAAAGGAUCUGAAAGAGACAGGUCUUGGCAUUGCCAUCAUCCUUCUUGGUUUGCUGAUGCUGUUCCUCUAUGGAUGUGUGAUCGUCGAAGAAGCGGAAACCUCGGAUGCGGAGCAGCAGGAGAUGGUCAUUGACAAGCGUUGGGUGGUCGUGGACAUUGCCGCGGGUGGCAUCGCAUUGGCCCUGUUCUAUUUCAACCUCCGUGGCCUGCACCGUUCACCCAAGAUGCAGUUCGAUGCAGCAUGCCAUGGAGAACACAAGGGUGCUUGA